AUGGCCCAAAACUUCUUUUCAAAUCAUGAGGUCUAUAAUGGUGAAAGCUGUGAAGCAGUGAGUGCCCAUGAUUUCUGUCUUUCUGCCAUGGCUUGUUAUCCUAAUAACCCAUAUAUGCCUAUAUUGGACAAUAACAGUAAUGCUUCGACCUUGAUCCGCCAGCCCUUCUCAGAUGAAAUCCAAGAUCAUAAGAGGCUGAAGCAAACUGUAAGUACAGCCGAAUCCACCGGGAGUAAUGUUAGUAAUCUCUAUAAUGAGGGAAGCAGCAACAAUAAUAUCAGCAGCAUAAGCCGUGCCAGGAGCAGUAGCAGCUUGAAUAGCUUGUCAAAGCUCCAUUUUCGAGAUCAUAUUCGGACUUAUACUUUUCGAUAUCAUGCAGCUGAGGCUAUUGAAGAAGCCAUGAUCAAUGCUGAUUAUCAGGAAAGUGGCACUGAAGAAGAUGGCAGUGCUGAUGGGAUGAGGCUCGUUCGACUUCUCGUUGCCUGUGCUGAAGCUGUGGCUUGUCGCGACAGGACACACGCCUCAGUUUUACUCUCCGAGCUUCGAGCCAAUGCUUUGGUCUUUGGCUCUUCCUUUCAGCGUGUGGCUUCUUGCUUUGUGCAAGGCUUGGCAGACAGGCUUGCUCUGGUUCAACCCCUCGGCGCUGUUGGCUUUGCUGCGCCCAUGAUGAACAUAAUGGACGUUGCUACCGAUAAACAGGAAGAGGCUUUAAGCCUUAUUUAUCAAAAUUGUCCACAUAUCCAGUUUGGUCACUUUGUGGCCAACACAACAAUACUGGAAGCCUUUGAGGGAAAGAGUAUUCUACAUGUGGUGGAUUUGGGCAUGACCCUUGGUUUGGCCCAUGGCCACCAGUGGUGUGCACUGAUCCACAGCCUUGCUGACCGUGAUGGUCAACCACCUUGUCAUCUCCGAAUAACUGGUGUUGGUCUUUCUGUUGACAGAUUCAGAGUCAUCGGAGAUGAGCUGGGGACUCGUGCAAAAAACGUGGGCAUUAGUUUUGAGUUCUCAGUGGUGGAAAGCAACUUGGAAAAUCUGCAGACUGAAGACAUUAAACACCAAGAUGGUGAAGUUCUGGUUGUCAAUAGCAUCCUUCAGUUGCAUUGUGUUGUUAAAGAAAGUCGAGGAGCUCUCAAUUCACUUCUGCAGAUAAUUCACAAGCUAUCGCCAAAGGUUUUACUUCUGGUUGAGCAAGAUUCAAGCCACAAUGGGCCUUUCUUUCUGGGGAGAUUCAUGGAAGCUCUGCACUAUUACUCUGCAAUUUUUGACUCCCUAGAUGUCAUGUUACCUAAAUAUGACACAAAGCGUGCCAAGAUGGAACAGUUCUACUUUGCUGAGGAGAUAAAGAACAUUGUGAGUUGCGAGGGGCCAGCAAGAGUGGAGAGGCAUGAGAAGGUGGACCAGUGGCGCAGGAGGCUGAGCAGGGCAGGAUUUCAGGCUGCUCCAAUGAAACUGAUUGCCCAGGCCAAACAAUGGCUUGGAAAAAAUAAGGGUUUUCUUGGUUACACAAUUGUGGAAGACAAGGGUUGCUUGGUGCUUGGUUGGAAAUCCAGGCCAAUUGUUGCAGCUUCUUGCUGGAAGUGCUAG